UGAACCCUGUGAACGCAUUGGAUCGGCUAUAGCUGCCCUACAGACCAAUACUGUCCAGAAUACACUAGGCAGAAACUACUCACAGCGGGAAUACACUGGAUAAAAAAAAAUACCACUUAGUGUGCAUUUGAUUUUUUUUUAAAGCCGCAAGUACCAGCCUAGAGAGGAUUUUUUUACAAGACGCAUGUGGAUUUCCUGGACGAUUUAUUUUGACACUUGACUAAAAAAUAGUGGAUAUUUUUUCUUAAGAUAAACGCAUGUUAAUAUGUGACUUAGCCCCCCCCCCAAUUCAGCCCCAUGUGAAUGAAGUUAUUUGAAUGUUCUGGCGCUUAUGCUACAAAUGAAACGUGAAGCAAUUCUUCAAGUGGAUAAUUUCACUUUUUAACUUUCUGAAAUGAAACCACAGCUUCUAAAAUAGACUGAACUUCAAACGAAAUCUCUGAUAACUCUUUUGAUUAUUAAUAUAGCUCGGAUUUUUUCCCCAAACGAAUCAGACUUGCACCGGGAGAAAAUUUGCGGAGCCUCUCGCGACAGUGAGUCAUGCCCUUGGAAUAAACUUGCAAACACCAGUGAGCAAGAAGGGAAAAAAAAAAAAAGAUUUGGAUGUUUGAGGAGCUACUGUUUGCGCUCCAUCGGUCCUGAAAAGAGAGAAUCACGAUAACCAGCGCUGUCCCCACGCUCAAGUGCUGGUCAAAGGAGCAGUUUCGCGUCCAGCGCACGCUCCAUAAAUGCCCAGCCGAUCGCGGGGUCUCGAGGCUGGGCGCCAAGAUGAGCUCGUGGGUUGUGUUGCUCCUGGCGCUUACGGCGUGUCUGCGGUUUGGUAGCGCUAAGGGAGACCCCCUCCCGUCUUCCCUGGUGGAGUUGGUGAUGAGCAGUCCAGUUUCUUCCACAGAAGAUUUGCAGAGGUUGUUGGACGUUGACUCCGUAGAAGACGAGUCUGAUGAUCAGGCAGCGAAUGAGAUCCACUCCAACAGCACUCAUAAACGCCUUCCCAGAAGUCUUAUGGCUGGGGUCCAGCCGGCCCAGCAGGCAGCGUGUAAAGUCAGGACAGAGGUUAUGGAGGUAACGCGGGCCAUGUUAGACAGACGCAACGCUAACUUCCUCCUCUGGCCACCCUGUGUGGAAGUGCAGAGGUGCUCUGGCUGCUGCAACAUCAGAACUAUGCAGUGUGUGCCCGUUGUCACGGAAAUGCGACAGCUUCAGAUGACGAAGAUCACCUUCAUUAACAGACACCCCCACUAUGAGAAGGUCAUUGUUCCUGUGGAGGACCACAUCACCUGCAGCUGCCAGACAAAGGCCCCCGCCCAGGCCCCGAAGCCGGCCGCCCCCAAAGCCCAGAGCACCCCUCCCCCACCACCCCCCAGACAUCUCCCCAAACCCCCUCAAACCAAAAGCCAGUCCAAAGAGGAGCUCCAUCGCCAUGACGACCUCAAACAGAACCAAAGGUUUCACCUGGAGGACCGUGAGACUCAGGAGCUGCAGUGGGAGUCCAAAUAUACACUCAGACACACGCAGGCUGAGCCUGUGGGUCCGCGUUUACAGACACUAACACACACGCAGGGCUAUCGGCCCGGGCCGCACCAAAACACGCUCUCUAACACCCCGGCUGGCUCUUCAUACGCGAGUCGAGAAGAGGUACCGACCAGACAGACGUCAUUUGGUGUUACUCAAAUGCUGAGUGACACCACACAGACACAGAUUGGCAGUGGAGAUGAAAACGCAAAACAGAUGCCUAGAGAAGACCAACAACAACAACAACAACAACAACAACAUUACCAUCAACAGCACGUCGGGCCCUCAGAAAGAUAUCUACAGCAAGAUGGUACACAGCAAUCUGUACACAAAACAACCAACAAUUUCAGCCAGUCAGGUGUCACAAAUCAGCCUCAGAGGCAAUUAGAAAUCCCAGACCAUGACCACAGCCAAGCAAAAGUGACAAGUCACCCCCACAGCCAAUCAAAAGAACCUAAUCAUCAUCAUGACCAAUCAGGAGACACCAAACAUGACUUUGGCCAAUCAGGAAUGAUGAAUCAUCAGCGAAACGAGGGAGAGCCUAGGAUACAGCCAACGCUGUCAGAGGAAGAACUGAUACAAAGAGAAAAACUAGCACAGAUACAGAGAAGACUGGAUUACGAAAGACGACAGUUGGAGCACCACCAUUAUCAUCGUCAUCAUCAUUAUCACCAUCAAAAUCAUCCAACACAAGGCCAAAGUCCACAAGAAAUGAGUUUGCAAAGAACAGUGACGGACGCGCCUCCAGCGCUGCCGCCCCCGAGCCUACCCCCCACCGCCCGGAACCCGCCCCAAACCCCCCUCCCUCGGCGAAGGAGACGCAAGCACAGGAGGAGGAUCAGCAAAGCCUCCAUGAGAGCAAUGAUCAUGUAAUGCCAUGGCGAAUGCCAUAGGACAGGCUUGGUUUUACUGAACACAGAAGAAACCAGGGAAACUGGACUCAUGGCAGGACAAAAAAAACAAACAAAGAGGAAAUGACUCAAACUCAUACUGGAAAUCUGUCUUUGAUCAUCGCCAAAUUAAUUCCAAUUAACUCUGAUUCCCAUUAGCCAGUACAGUUGAUAAAAUGUCCCUUUGCACUAUGGGAGCUGACUGAACUCAGGAUAUCCUGGAGCUGAUUGGACUUGGAAUGGGACUUUGGAUUUGUAAUACUUCAAGCCACACACAAGACAAAACAAAACUUGUCCUCUGUACAAUUCUGUCCACUGUACAAAGCCUGCCACAGCCUCUCACUGGUCAAUUCUCAUAUACAGUAAAAUGCAUUCUCUUAGCUUCCUUCCUCAUUGGUUGCAUGGAAAAAAGUAACUCCAACAUUGGCCCUGAUUGGUCAGCACUGUCCGUUAAACUUCCAGGAACCAUAGCAACAAUAUGGAUCUUAAACUUUUUGGGAGAAACGAAGUUGGGACAAUAAGGAUAGAACCUGCUGGACAACAGGGUAAACAGGGGAAACUACUGGUAGCACAAUGAGGACGUUACUAACUUAAACUGGGACUAAUGGGAACUUGUGAAGCCCACGGACUGGGAUGAAGAUAAAGUUCUAAUGAGUCGAGGCUCUGGACUUCUGUGAAGUAAACUGUGGCACCAUAAUCCAACCCAGUUUAACACCAGUUUACCAGCUUUAGACAUUUCAUAAUCACGGUCUUACCUUAAAGCUGUUAUUCUUUGUUGUUGUUCUUGUUGUUUUGGGGG